AUGGAACCAGAAGGAAAACAGAAUUCGACAGAUUUUUCAAUCCAAGGCUUGAGUGAUGUUCCUGAAACCCAGUUUGCCAUUUUCUUGAUCUUUUUGCUCUGCUAUGUCAUCAUUAUCAUUGGGAAUAAAACAAUAUUUUUGGUUAUACUGUCAGACCCUCGCCUUCACACGCCUAUGUAUAUUUUCUUAAUGAACCUUUCAUUCAUUGACAUUGCCAAUACCUCGAAUAUCCUUCCAAAAUUGUUAAAUAUUCACCUUACAAACCAUACGGCCAUUUCGUUUGCUGGAUGUAUAACUCAGAUGUAUUUAUUUCUAUCGCUGAUUCUCAGUGAAGUUAUCCUGUUUGCAGCUAUGGCAUAUGACCGGUACGUGGCGAUCUGUCACCCGCUCCACUACUUUAUACUGAUGAGCCUCAAACACUGUGCUUUGUUAAUCAUUGCGUCAUGGAGUUUGGGUUUUAUUGACGCUGUGGGACAUGCCGUCCAGAUAUCAAAGAUGUCCUUUUGUGCUUCCCAUGUAAUAAACCACAUUUUCUGUGAUAUCGAAGCAUUAAUGAAGCUCUCCUGCAGUGACCCGUUCUUUGUGGAAAUUCUAACUUUUGUGGAAGGGACAUGUUUUUCAGUUUCUGCAUUCUUUCUAACAUUAACCUCUUAUGUAUUUAUUAUUUCCUCUGUCCUAAAAAUAAAAUCAGCAGCCGGACAACGUAAAGCAUUCUCUACCUGCUCCUCUCAUCUGAUCUGCGUUAGUAUUUUUUAUGGCACUCUUUUCUGUUUGUAUUUGAGACCCACGUCAAGUUAUUCGCCAAAGCAGGACAAAUAUUUUUCUCUCCUUUACGUUGUCUUAGUUCCGAUUCUAAAUCCUCUUGUCUAUACGCUGAAAAAUCAAGAAGUUAAAAAUGCUUUAAAGAAACUUAAGGACAUUAUGGUUUGUUCAUGA